AUGUCUUGGCUAUUCGGUCAUGCCAAAACAUCCUACACGCACCACACCUCCCCCAUCCCACUGGCAACAAAAUCUGGAUCCAAGACCUCACUACCAGAUCUCGCCCGAUCCUCAAUACCGCCAUGCCGCCUAAACCCAUUCCUCUUCAAUGGACACCUUCAAACGAUGUUCACCGCCUGGAAAGACCCCGGACCACCAAUCUACUACAAGCGCCACAUCUACACAUCCAACCACACCGUGUACCCCGGGACCUUCGCCGUCGACUUCGUAGUCACCAAAGAAGAAGGAUCAGCUGCCACCGCGGAUCCCGAACUACCUGAGCGCAUCAGCGUCUACUCUAGUAAAGAGUGGGGAAAUGUUGGUAGUGACGAUAACAAGCCUAUGCUCGUCGCCCUCCACGGCCUGACUGGUGGAAGCCACGAAGUGUACCUCCGCGAAACCCUCGCACCUCUCACAGCAUCUGGAUGGGAAGCUUGUGUGGUCAACGGGCGCGGCUGCGCUCUAUCCAAGAUCACGACACCGCAACUGUUCAACGCGAGGGCUACAUGGGACGUCCGACAAGCGAUCAAAGAGCUGCGCAUCUUGUUCCCCAACAGACCGCUAUACGCCGUCGGCUACUCGCUUGGCGCAAACAUCCUCACAAACUACUGUGGCGAGGAGGGAUACAAGUGUGUUUUGAAAGCCGCGGUUGCGAAUUCCAAUCCCUGGAAUCUGGAGCUGUGUAAUGUGGAAUUGAAUAGGACGUGGUUGGGCGUUGAAGUGUACUCGCGCACAAUGGGGAAGAACUUGAUAGGGUUGUAUGAAAGGCAUAAGGGGCAGAUGUUGCAGAACCCGGAUAUCCAAGCGGAGGUGGUUGAGAAGUGCAAGUACUUGUAUGAGUUCGACAGGCAUGUACAGUGCCCCACAUGGGGGUAUCCGACAGAAGGGGCGUAUUAUCGGGAUGCGCAGAGUGUGGAUGCUUUGGCUGCGAUAAGGAUACCUUUUCUGGGGAUCAAUGCUGAGGACGACCCGAUCUCUUCCAAGGUGGCCAUACCGUACGAAGAGUUUAAGCAGAACCCGUACACGCUGCUGUGCACCACCAACUGGGGUGGCCACCUAGGGUCUUUCCAGCUUGGUGGCGGUCGAUGGUUUGCAACAGCUACUGCCUCCUUCCUAACCAAGAUACACGAGACUAUCGACCACCAAGCGUCCAAAGUCGAACGUCAGGAGGACAAGGUCGACGCUCCUAACAAAGUGUAUCCCAUCUUCGACCCCAACCAUAGACGACUGAUCCUCCCGGAUGCGUAG